AUGAAAACCACAUCACUUCGCCGGAGUACAAAACAACAGCUUCACCGGAGUAAUGUAAAGUCCCAUGGAAUCAACCAAAUAACGAAAACACCACCAUGGCUUUCAACCAAACACAUGGGGCUAUUUUCAUGUCUCCAAGAUAUGGUGGGAACUCAUUUGGUGCUUUUGGUGGCAGCGGUGGUGGUGGUGGGGGUGGCGGCAGUGGUCUACAUGAAUCUUACGUUUUAUUGGUCGUUUUCAUGGAUGAGCACAAAUUGGACUCCUGUUGAGAACAAAUUAUUUGAGAAUGCUCUUGCCAAGUUUGAUAAUUAUACCCCUGAUUGGUGGCAGCGAGUGGCGAAGAUGGUUCCGGGGAAGACGGCGACGGAUGUUAUGCGGCAUUAUAAGGAGUUGGAGGAUGAUGUUAGUAGUAUCGAAGCAGGGUUUUAUCCAAAAUAUGGGCAUAACAGUAGCACUUCUCCUUUCACUUUAGAAUGGGGAAACAACAAUGGGGUUGAUGGGUUUCUCUCACCGUCGACAUAUGGUGCCCGAGGUAAGAGAUCCUCUGCCGCCGCCGUGGCUGUGGUGGCCGCUGGUCGGCCUCUAGAACAAGAAAGGAAAAAGGGUGUUCAUUGGACAGAAGAAGAACAUAAAUCCCACAUUGAGUGGAUUAAAUUUGACAUCGAUAUUUGGGAAACCCAAUCACAGGUUGUUUCUAUUGGGCCUAAAGAAGUACGGAAAAGGAGACUGGAGAAAUAUUUCUCGAAAUUUCGUGGUACAAGAACACCUACUCAAGUCGCAAUCCAUGCUCAAAAGUAUAUUAUCCGGCAACUUUCCGGCGGGAAAGAUAAGAGAAGAGCGAGUAUUCACGAUAUAACAACUGUAAAUCUUAAUGAAAACCACAUCACUUCGUUGGAGUACAAAUCAACUGCUUCACCAGAGCAAUGUAAAGUCCCAUGGAAUCAACCAAAUAACGAAAACACCACCAUGGCUUUCAACCAAACACAUGGGGUUAUUUUCAUGUCUCCAAGAUAUGGUGGGAACUCGUUUGGUGCUUUUGGUGGCGGCGAUGGUUAUGGUGGUGGUGGUGGUGGGGGUGACGGCGGUGGUCUACAUGAAUCUUACGGUGCAUCUCAGAACAUGGUUUUCCAGAUGCAACCAGCGAUGCACUACCCUCAUGGAUGA